AGUCGCAGCUUCGAAAACGGAUUCGAAGUCACGAAGAUAUCGGUAGGAAGUGAUACGGGAACGAGCUAGAGCAGUACUACUUGAGGUAGCUCUGCCAAUUGCAGCAUCUCCUUACUAUGGAAGCGACUACGGAAGUGUAUUUCCGACACCAGGUCUUAGUCAAAAAGUAAGUCUUCCUCGCAUACUAAGUCGGUAUUUCCCUUCUCAACUCUCUUCAAAACAAUACCUCCUUUAGAACCGGUGUUCUACUUGUCAAUUUGAAACGCCUGUGUGGAAACAAUCUCAUUUGAAUUGCUGAAGUGGCAAUUCAAUCCGUUCAUAUGCUGGGUUCGAAAACUGCUCACGCGUACAAAUUUUUCUAUACUCGAUUCAGCAAACCUCGCAUUCUGUCGCACCAACUGCAAGGAAUGGUGUUGUUUCACGCUCUCGUACGUUACAGGGCUAAUCCUAGCAACUUUUUUCAAACACAUGGCACUUCACAGUCAUCUUCGGAUUUUGCAUCCAUUUCCAAGUUGUUGUCAGGAGCAAAGGUCGUCAGUCUAUAUCGAGCGCGCCAGAAAACAAGCAAUGGCAUGACAGUGGCGUGCUUAGUGUCGGAUUCGAUUACAUUUCGAACGGUGUACAAGCCUCAUGCAGGUUCCCGCCGUUACGCUCAUGCAAGGCAGACUAUCAGUACUUUGAUAGUUAUCUUGACAGCGACCAGGAACCACACUGAUCUGACGGGCGCUUACAGUAGACGUGGAUUCGACCCACAAUUUCUCCAGACGUUUAUGCACCAUCGGAAAUUAACAUGCCGUACAGCUUUGGUUCCGAGUAGAAAUCGGCCCAGCCCUGUAAACGCACGCAUGUAGGAGAUCACGAUAUGUCGUAAAGAAGCAGGGACACCAUACGGCAAGCUUCGUGGACCACAUAGGCGCUGUCUUCUUGAAUAUUUUCGAACUUACAACAGAUGUCGUGUGCCUAC